AUGCGUUCUUCUCUCUCAUCAUCGUCAUCAUCAGCAUCAUCUCCCUCAUUCAAUCUCAAACCAUCCCCCACACUCUCCCUCUCUCCACUCUCUCACCUCCCACACUCCACUCACCGCUCAACUCUCUCUCACCUCCUCUCUCUCUCCUCCCUCCCCCCCUCUCUCUCCUCCACCCACUACUCCCUCUCUCUCUUCCACCAAAUCAACAGACCCAACACCUUCGCCUCCAACAGCCUCAUCCGAUGCCUCGCCAAAUCCCCAAACCCAAGCCACAGCCUGCACUUUUAUGCCCACAUGCGGAGAAUUGGGAUACCCACUAAUAAUUUCACUUACCCAUUUGUUCUUCAAGCCUGUAGCAAGGGUUCUUUGAUGCCUGAAGGUGUUCAGAUUCAUACCCAUGUUUUAAAAUUUGGGUUUGAUAGAGAUUUGUAUGUGAGAAAUGGUUUGAUUGGGUUUUAUUGCGCUUGUAGUGAUCUGGGUAGCUCUAGAAGGGUUUUUGACGGCUACCCAUUUGUUAGGGAUGUGGUCAGUUGGAAUGUGAUGAUCGUCGGGUAUGCGAGGGCUGGGGAGAUUUGUGUUGCGGAGAAGGUGUUUGAUGAUAUGCCUGAGAGAGAUGUGGUUUCGUGGAGUAGUAUGAUUGUGGGUUAUGUUUCAAAUGGGAUGUUGGAGAAGAGUCUGAAACUUUUUCGACAAAUGAUUGAUAAGAGAUUGGCAGUGAAUGAGGCGGCGUUGGUUACUGUUCUAUCUGCAUCGGCUCAGUUGGGUUUGUUGGAUUAUGGUAGUUUUGUUCAUGAAAGUAUAAAGAAACUGAAGUUUCCGUUAACGAUCAAUAUUGGUGCAGCUUUAGUAGAUAUGUAUGCAAAAUGUGGGUGUGUAGAGCUUUCGAGACAAGUGUUUGAUGAUUUGCCUAAAAAAGAUGUUUUUGCUUGGAACGCGAUGCUUUGUGGAUUAGCUACUCAUGGGUUGGGAAAAGAAGCCCUUGAUCUUUUCGAAAGAUUUACUGAAGAAGGUUUUCAUCCGACAAAUGUGACUUUUGUUGGAGUACUGAAUGCUUGUAGCCGCGCUGGUCUGGUUAAUGAAGGAAGACAACAUUUCAAUUCAAUGAUACGUGAUUAUGGUAUCGAGCCAGAGAUGGAGCAUUAUGGAUGUAUAGUUGAUCUUUUAGGUCGAGCUGGGCUUGUAAAUGAAGCGGUCAAAUUGAUUGAAAAUAUGAGCAUUAAACCUGACCCAGUUUUGUGGGGAACUCUAUUAGGAGCGUGCAAAAUGCACGGGUUAGUUGAGCUUGGUGUAUCGAUUGGAAGUAAAUUGCUUGAGUUAGAGCCUGCCCAUGAUGGGCAUUAUGUUCUUUUAGCUGGUAUUUAUGCAAAGGCGAAGAAAUGGGACGAUGUAUUAAAGAUUAGGAAAUUGAUGGCUAACCGUGGUACUAAUAAAUCUGCGGGUUGGAGCUUGAUAGAAGCUCAUGGAAAUGUUCAUAAGUUUGUGGCAGGGGACAAAGAUCAUGAGCGAUCUUUGGAGAUCUAUAAAAAGCUUGAAAUGAUCGGAUUGAGAUUGGAAAAUGCUGGUUAUUUGCCUGGUAUUUCGUCGGUUUUGCAUGAUAUUGGAGAUGAAGAUAAGAUUCAUGUGAUAAAGGAGCAUAGCGAGAGGCUAGCUAUUGCUUUUGGAUUGAUGGUGAUACAAGUUGGAUAUCCUAUAAGGAUUGUUAAGAAUCUUAGGGUUUGCGUGGAUUGUCACGAGUUUAGCAAGAUGGUAGCAAAGGUUUUUGAUAGAGAGAUCAUUGUGAGAGAUGGGAGUAGGUUUCACCAUUUCAAGGAUGGGAGAUGUUCUUGCCUCGAUUAUUGGUAGGAGAUAUUGAUUUUGGCGAUGGGAACGCAAGCUGUUUGAUACCAACCGCACAUAAAUUAUGGUUUUCUUCCGGGCUUCGAACCAGAAGGUUACUGAAUAGCAUGUUCAGAUCAUGCUUUUUAUCGUUCUUUCGGAUAUCUACAUUUGUAUGUUAUUGUUAUCUGGACCAAGUUCAAGAUGGAGGCUAAGGCUGUGACAAUUUAACAAGAACUACUGUUUCAAAGAAAGGAAACCAUUGUUCCAAGCAAAAUGUAAGCUUUAGCUUUUUCAACUGUUGUAAUCUACACAUGGUAUGAUUUGCAACAGGAUAUGCACAUAUUCUCACAAGUGUGAAGUUAUUGAAUAACACAGCAAGCUUUUCUGCUCUAAUAACAACUGAAAGAGAAUGAUGAGUG